GGUCUGCUUUCCAAAGACCGACAUCGCCCUGCAGUCAAGUGGCAGCCAGGAGAGAGACAACUGCCACACUCUUCAAAUAUCUCUCUAUUUAAAGUUCAAAGAGACGCUGGAUAACAAUAAGGAAGAAGGAAGUGUGGCCCUGACCAAGCCACCCAACAGCAGGAAUAAUGGCUGAAAAAGCAGCGUCUUCAUUAUCACACCUUGUAGUCCCAAUUCUUCUCUUGAUUGGCUGGAUUGUGGGCUGCAUCGUAAUGGUUUAUGUUGUCUUCUCUUAGAAAGGCAAGAAGACCAGAUUGACAUCAUUUAGAAGAAUAAAGAAAAACAUGAACAUGACUGGUUAUUAAAAGUGCCUCAUGUUAAAUAA